UGAUUCUUCGGAAAAUCCCGGAACGACAUAUCGCACAAAACUCCGUUGAAAUUCAUUCUCAGAAACAGAGUAGGUGAGGGAUAACAUCAAGGUCUGGAUUUUUUUUUGACUUUUGUGUUUAAUAUUUGUUCGGAACUCUUAUCGGUUAAGAAAUUGGAAUCCGUCGGCUGGGAGUUUGAGGGUGCUCCCAUUAUUGCAGAGGGGUCUUGAAUUGAAUUUUCCAGGGACAUUUUUAUGCCAAAUCCUGGUUUUUUCUUUCAGACCUAUUGGAUUAGUUUUUGUCGGUUGGACUGAAAUGGGGCAACAACAAUCGAAAGAUGAACUGUUGUAUCAGCAAGUUAGCUAUGGCAACACAGAAGGGAUUAAAGCCCUUUGUCGAGACGGUGCAGGCCUUGAGUGGAUUGAUAAGGAGGCGAAAACUCCUUUGAUUGUGGCCUGCAUGAAUCCUGAGCUUCACAAUGUCGCCAGAACUUUGAUAGAACUUGGUGCUAAUGUUAAUGCGUAUAGGCCUGGGCGUCAUAAUGGCACUCCUUUACAUCAUGCAGCUAAAAGAGGUCUUGAAAACAAUGUCAAGUUACUUCUUUCUAAUGGAGCAAAUCCUUUGAUCAUGAAUGAUGAUUGUCAGAGUCCUCUUGAUGUUGCUAGAGCAAAAGGUCAUAGCAAUGUUGUUCGUACAAUCGAGAGUCAUAUAUGUUUGUUCUCGGGUUGGUUGCGGGAAUUCUAUGGACCAGGAUUUUUGGAACUAUUGGCUCCUCAACUGGUCUCAAGGAAAGUUUGGGCUGUUAUUUUACCAUGUGGGGCGCGGAACCUUUCAAAGCCUUUCAAAUUGGAGCUUGCAAUCUACACAAGUCUACAGGACGCUCAACCUCGUACUGUUGUUCAACUGUGGAAAGCCGAUUUGGAUCAGUCAAAGUUACAGCAUUCUGAUCCAUCAGUUAUGAUUGUGGACAACGCUGCAAUUCUCUCAAAGAGAGAGCGGAAAAGGCGUAACAACUCCCAACUUUCUACUGAAACUCGCUUGAAACUUGCAUCUGGCAAUGAAAAUGACAAGGAACAACUUCAGUGGUUUUGCAAUGCAUGCAAAGGAAUUACUUCGAUGAUGCACCCAACAUUUAUGAGUGGUAACCAUGGUCCGGGUGUGUCGGCAACUGCACCACCAGACUCAGAAGAUGUGGAGCUAGCCAUGGCCAUUAAUGCCUCCAUCCAGUCAGUUAUCCAUGGGAGACCACCCUUUCCUGAUCCCAAUCCAAGUUCUGAAGCAAGUACAUCUAGUAGCCAUACAGGUCCAGUUGGACAAACAACGCAUUCUACAAAAUUAGGCACUAAUGAAUCAGAAAUGAAUGAAGCUGGCCAGAGCAUCACUGCAAACGAACAUCCUCAAAUCCAGACUAAUGUCACCCCUCCAGAUGCGGUACCUUCAGCCCCAUUGGCAGCCGAUGAGAUUCUUGACAAUGGUGCAAUUCACUAUCCUUCAAUCGAUUCAAGUCCAAUUGACUUGUCAUCUCAAACUGCUCAUAACGCUCCCUUGCAAGCGGGUGAAGGAAAAGAUGAAAUGAGUUCUUCGUCCUGUGUCAUAUGCUUGGAUGCCCCUGUUCAAGGAGCCUGCAUUCCCUGUGGACAUAUGGCUGGGUGUAUGAAUUGCUUGACCGAAAUCAAAUCGAAGAAAUGGGGAUGUCCAGUUUGUCGCGCCAAGAUUGACCAGGUUGUCAGAUUGUAUGCUGUAUGAGUCCAGAACGGUGAAUAAUACUGUGAGUAAACUCUUUAAAUGUACAGAUCCUGUCGAUAUAAUUUUCAACAUAUAUAAAUCAAUGUGCUAUCUGAUUGUGUGGACACAAAAGUGGUAAUGUAAUUUAAAAACAAUUUAUCAAUAUCACUAGUUUUUGAUCAGGCAACCAUGCUUA